AUGUGGGGCGCGCAGGCGGGGUGGUGGUGCGGCGCGCUGGCGGCCGCCGCGCUGCUGCUGCUGUUGCGUCUGCAUCGCCGCUGCGGACGGCACAAGCCAACGCCGCCGGUCUGUGGCCACCAGGAGACAACUGUAGUGGUUUAGAUCAGGAGAGGUGGCGCCACGCUGCUGCUGCUGCGGACGGCACAAGCCAACGCCGCCGGUCUGUGGCCACCAGGAGCCAACUGCAGUGGUUUAGAUCAGGAGAGGUGGCGUCACGCUGCUGCUGCUACUGCGUCUGCAUCGCCGCUGCGGACGGCACAAGCCAACGCCGCCGGUCUGUGGCCACCAGGAGCCAACUGCAGUGGUUUAGAUCAGGAGAGGUGGCGUCACGCUGCUGCUGCUACUGCGUCUGCAUCGCCGCUGCGGACGGCACAAGCCAUCGCCGAAGGUAUGUGGCCACCAGGAGCCAACUGCAGUGGUUUAGAUCAGGAGAGGUGGCGUCACGCUGCUGCUACUGCGUCUGCAUCGCCGCUGCGGACGGCACAAGCCGACGCCGCCGGUCUGUGGCCACCAGGAGCCAACUGCAGUGGUUUAGAUCAGGAGAGGUGGCGUAACGCUGCUGCUGCUACUGCGUCUGCAUCGCCGCUGCGGACGGCACAAACCAUCGCCGAAGGUGGCCACCAGGUGCACAUAGUCCGUAGCCCGCCGCUGCGGCCCCCUCCCCCCCGCGGGCCGCCCCCGCCCCCACCCGUGCGUGACUCCACGCAGAACACUAUCGCCACUACAACUACCGCACCGACGACCACCACGGAGACCGUGACCGAUACCACUGCAACAUCCACCAUUACCGACCCCCAACCAUCUUCGUCCACAGAUGCGAAUUCCGAAUUCAAAGGCAUCCCUAAAUUACCUUUGCCGGAACAGUGGAUGCAUAAACGAUCGUUGGACUGCAAAUAUUCCGCGACGAUCCCCCGUCCGUUGGCGCAAAUCGUCAACGAAUUAGGCUCCGAGUUGACGCAAGAAUCGCGCGCGAAAAAGUAUAGCGCUACUCGGUCCCCGUCGUUGGAAAAAGACGACAAAUCCCCCUUCUUAGGCGGCGCGAAGUCUGAUAGGGAAGUGUUCGGUUUCGAACCGGACUCGGUUGAAAAACUGGCGGGCGAGAGAGAAGAUAUGAGCGGGAUGACCUCCCCGAAAGACGUUGGGGAGAGAGGCCAGGACUCGCCUGGAAACCUCAGGAGAUUCAGAUCUGUGAGCACGAGACUCAAUAUGUGUAGCGUGAACGAAAAUCCGCAUAUGGAAGGCCAUCAGGAGAGAUUAGAAAUGCAGAACUCUCCGAGGAUUUUAGAAUGCAGCUCUGCUAAGGAGAAGUCUACCGCUCCUAAGUUUGAUUUCUCACCGAAACUUCUCGCUGACAGUUUGAGUUCCCCUCGUUUCUUUACUCCACCGGAGACAGUAUCACCUGCUUUCUUCGCCGAACCGUCCCCUAGAUCUGUUUACUAUGACUCUGUCAGAUCCCCGAAAUUCUUUGCCGAAACGCCGCGCGAUGCGGCUGUAGAAGUGCCACAGUCCCCGAGAACUUUAGGCGAUAAUUUGAACAGAAGUAACGGCUUCGAGAAGCCGAGUUCGCCUCGAGUAUUAAGCGCUAAACCCAGCCCCAAAAUCCAUAGUUGUAACAAAGAAAAUUAUUUCACAUUCGAACCUGUGAGCGUCGCCGAAGAUUUGUCGAGAGCUUCGCCGCGCCCUAGGAAAUAUGGAGGAAGGAAUUCCAUUGAGAGGGAAAGAUUCACGCCGCCAGCUGACAAGGAAGUGAAAAAGUACAGGCGACAUAACAGCUGCGACACCAACUACAAAAACUUAGAGCUCAACAUAACGACGUGCGAUGAUAACAAAGCGAACGAGGACAAAACCGAACUUAUAGAAAAAGACGUGGUUGACUGCUGUGCCAAAAUCGACUCUUUACACGUAGACACAAAGUGUGAAGACAAAAACGAAUUAACGCCGACUCAUUCGACGAACACCGCGCAAGCGCGACGACAAAGAUUAAAGUCCAUCUCCCUGGACUCUGAUAAUGCUAAGAUAAUAGAACAGAACUUAGGUUUACCGAUAGCUAAGCAAAUGAAGGACCAAAUGAACGAAGCGUACAAAAAUCAGGACGUUAGCUCUUCGUACGAGAGUGUGGAAAGGAGAGAUGAGUAUCAGAAAACUCCUUCAAGAGAGAGGCCUGUGUUCAAAUUCGAAGAUGAGAAAAAAGAUAAACCAUGCGAUGAAGAGGAGCCAAAAUCGCCUGACUUGAAACAAAAGAAGAGCUUACGUCAAAGUUCCGACACCCAGUCAUUCAUAGACAUGCCCAGGUUUUCACCGAAAGAGUUCGAAAUAACAGUGACCUCUGAGGAGGGUGCGACGACAGCCGCAGAGACUCAGACCAGAAAGAAAGGGAAGAAUUUGCGAAACCUCACGAUAGACCUAACGAAACGGGACAGUGACUUGGAAAAGGAACUACUGGAGUUUGAAAAACUCUACACUGAUGCCGAGGAAAAGAAAGUGAAAACGCCAACUCUUAAAGUUAAAGCCACUUCUUUAGAUUCUUCUGAAACGGUCAACUUAUCCUUGCCACAAAAGAAGACUUUGGAGGUGCCACAAAACUCUGUGUCCGUGCCAAAUACACCAAAGAGGCAAUUGAAGAGGAUAUUAGCCCAAAAGAGUGUCAAACCUGAUUUUAUGGGUGGAAAAAUGGGAUACAAUACUUUACAAUCUAACGCGGAACACAGGCGUUUGUAUAUGAAAGGUCAGGAUAGCGGCAUUUUCUUGAGAGAAAACCAUGCUUCCUUGAUGCUAUAUCAGCCGGGCCCAUCACGCAUGGGCUCUCGAACGAUGAGUUCCUUCGAAGAGAACGUCGUAGACUUGGAGAAAGGGCCAGAAAUUAACAUAUUAGUAGCUGAUAACCGAUAUCACACGGACACCGGGUCCACGCUAGGAUCCAACUUGUUGAAUUACAAGCAAAACUUAAGCGUAUCCAGUACAAACUUGAAAACUCUCCCAGAAGGCGUGCCCUCUGAUGAUUUCGAACCUAACACGGAAGAAGAAAAGUUCGGAAAGAAAUUGCAUCGCAGAAACUCGAACCAAAGUCUUAUGCUUAGUACGCACAGUUUACAGUCUUCCAAUUGCUCUUUGAGUAGUGCGGGAGCGUCUUGUCACAAUUUAGCUUCUGUACGCAACAGCGUAUCGAAUUUCAGUCUCAAUUCUGAUAAUAGACAGAAGAAGUUGUCUCUAGAACGCCGUGACUCGAACGUUUCUUUAAUGAACGCGGAACAUUUGACACCAACUACACUAGUAAUAUGCUCUUCGAACACAAAUCUUUCCGGAGAAGUGUCUAAAAAUUGCCUUUUGCAAAGACGUGGCUCAAAUAACAGUCUCACGCUAAACAUCCAAUCUUCGAACACGCUAAGUCGGCAUUCGAGCAACAGUUCUCUAAAUAAAGAUGUGAAAAUCGGGCAAAAGAAAGGCUUAUUAGAGCGGAGGAGUUCCAACACAUCUUUGACUCUGAACAUUAACAACUCCAAUCCUCAGCUGUCAGUUAAUCGUGGACUAAGCAUUUCGAAUUACAACUUGAACGGGUCUACUUGUAAUUUGAGCAGGUAUAACAGCAAUUACAGCAUUGACAAUGCGCCCGCGGAACCCAGGAAAGGGAUCCUGGAAAGACGGAGCUCUAAUACAUCGCUGACAUUGAAUAUACAACCGCAGGAACCCAGAGAUUUGGAAAUCGACGAAACUAUGAUCGAGCCGAAACUAAAAGAUCUACCUCACAGGGAUAAGCAUAGAAAAUCUUUAAGCACAGAGAAUUUGAUACCGAAAUCUUACAAAACUCGCACGCGACUACGUUCCAAUGAGAAAGGCGUCGGGUUUGGUUCGCACGAUAACCUCUGGUCCACCUCCUACCACGAGCAAGACUAUCCUCAGAACUUAACUUACGUAUGUGGAGACCAGGAAAACGAGAUAAUUUAUGCUUUUGGUCGUCAAGAAGACCCCAAUUACCAAGCUGGCUUCAUUAGAAACAUAACGACUAAACCUUUGAGUCCUCAAAGCACUUCGGAAGACUUCAGAUUGUAUCUGGCUAACAUGCAACAUUUGCAGAAUGCAUCAAGCGUCUUAUCCCGACAACAACUCAGAGAUUUGAACGACGUAUUUCAAAAUGGGUACUCCAAAGUGAAAUGCCACAGUAGCAACGAGGGCCAACAUUGUUGUUCUGGAAGAGUGGAAGAUUUGGCCAAAGACAAUCCCCAGAUGGUUAUUCCAGACCCGGUACUCUCCCAGCCGUGUUCUGAAUACCAGAAGAUGUUGCUGAGGAAUCUGCACCAGGAGUUCUGGGAUAUGCCGACCAAUUUCCAGGAGAAACCUAUUGUCUCUGGUUCCCAUCCGAAGAAUAGAUAUAAGACGAUAUUGCCGAACGAACAUUCGAGGUUUAUCUUGAGAGGGGAUGCGGGGAUGGGUGAAGGAUACAUCAAUGCUAAUUUUAUUAAGGGGCACGAAUACUCCAAAAACAGCUACAUCGCCACCCAGGGUCCCCUCCAGAACACAAUCUACGACUUCUGGUCUAUGGUCGUCCAAAACCAUUCCCAAUAUUACAACCGGAAGGCGGCCGACGCUUCACCAACCAUACAAAAGGUGGUUAUGCUCACAAACUUCAUAGAGAACAAUAGACAUAAGUGUGAGAAGUAUUUCCCUUUAGAAGAGGGCGAGGAAAUCUCCUUUGAAAACCCGGAAGAGAUUGAAUCCGAUGAAUCCACACUGAAGAACGCUUUCAUAAUAAAAAACUGCGGCAUGGUUAAAAAAGACGGUUACACAAUAAGGAAGUUAGAUGUGAAACAUUUGACGGAGUUCAGUGAAAGUGACAGUGUAUUAGUGUACCACUAUUGGUUCCACAAUUGGGCGGAUCACAAGUGUCCCAAAGACGUGAACGCUUUACUAAACUUGAGUUUGGACGUUUUAAAAGACUCUGUUUACAAUUUCGACGAGAGGGACGUUGCAAAAUCCGAUAUUUGUAAAUGUGACAGUGCUAAGUCGGAUUCUAAAUUCGUUUUUCCCCCGCUAGAGGGUGCUAGUGUUAAGUGUGAAGUGACAGUGAAUGUGGCAAAACCCGUGGAUCUGUUGGAUUUUUCCGUAGAACAGAAAUCUCCUCCGACUAUUGUGCACUGUUCGGCUGGAAUCGGUCGGACCGGAUGUCUCAUUGCAAUACUGAAUGGUAUUAAGCAGUUGACCAAUGAACAGAAAGUUGAUGUGCUCGGUAUAGUUUGCAAUAUGAGGUUGAAUCGUGGUGGCAUGGUGCAGAACUCGGAGCAGUACGAACUGAUACACAAGGUUCUGUGUUUGUUCGAACAAGCUUGUUUGCCUUCGUUAUAG